AUGGUCAUUCAUAAUUCUAGUCCUGGUAUGAAAGGAAAUAUUUGGUUAUUUUGGAACAAAAAUAUACAACAGCCUCAAGUUAUUUUAGUUUCUAGUCAGAUGUUAACUGUAAGUGUUGGAGAUGUGUUGGUAUCUGGAGUUCAUGCACAUGUCAAAGCUAUUCAGAGAAGGUUUCUAUGGUCUGAAAUGAAAAUUGUAAGUGAUCUUAAUAAACCAUGGAUUAUCUUAGGUGAUUUCAAUGCAGUGCUUACUCAUGAUGAGAAAGUGGGAGGUAAAGUUCCUAACAGAAAUUCAAUGUUAGAAUUUAGUGAUUGUCUAAAUCAGUGUGAAUUAUUACAAGCUCCUAAAACUGGUUUACAAUACUCAUGGUCUAAUUGUCAACAUGGCAGUAAGAGAAUUUUAUGCAAUUUAGACAGGGUUGUGUUUAAUCAAAAAUGGUUGCAACUAUAUAGUGAUUGGGGGUAUAAGUUUGGCAUGGGAAUAGUUUCAGAUCAUGCUCCUUUGUUAGGAGGAUGUGCUAAUAUUCCAAAGCCAAAAAACACUCCAAGGAAGUUCCAAAAAAUGUGGCUAAGUCAUCCAGAAUUUAUGCAGGUUGUAUCAAAUUAUCGGUCACAAAAUGUGGUGGGAGAUCCUGCUUUUCAGUUUGUAUACAAGAUGAAGGAGUUAAAAAAAGUUCUAAAUACAUGGAACUGGGAAGUCUUUGGUGAUGUUCAAGUAAAAAUAAAUGAAGCUGAAGAUAAAGUUAAUCUGGCAACUCAAAUUUCAUAUGCUAAUCCAUUUGAUGAGGAAGCUCUUACUAAUUUAGUUUCUGCUCAAAAUGAACAUGCUAGUAGAAAAACUCAAGCAAAUACUUUGAUGAGACAAAAAGCUAGAGUCAAGUGGAUAAAAGAAGGUUCGGCUAAUACAAAUUUUUUUCAUACUAAAAUGAAAAUUAGAAAUGCCAGAAAUAUGAUUAGUGAACAUGAAGACAAUGAUGGUAAUGUAAUUGCAGAUCAAGACAAAAUAGCUGAAGCUUUGUUAAUCAUUUUCAAAAAAAAAAUUGAGUUUCAGCCUGUGAAUGAAGCAGAAAAAUUGUUGGAUGUUAUACCAAAAAUCAUUAAUGAAGAUGAUCAGCAAAUUUUGGAUGCAAUCCCAGAAGAGGAAGAGAUUAAAGUUGUUGUUUUUGAAAUGGAUCCAGAGAGUGCUCCUGGUCCAGAUGGAUUUUAUGGUAUUUUCUUUAGAAGCUGUUGGAAUAUUAUCAAAAAUGACUUGGUAGCAGCUAUCAAAUUCUGUUGGAGGAGAAGAUUUAUACCAAAAGGGAUGAACUCAAGUUUCUUAUUCUUACUGCCUAAGACUCAAGGGGCAAAAAUUGAUAAUAAAUUUAGGCCUUAA